ACGGAUCUGGUAGUGAUUUAUACCAUCUUCGUCUUCUUUGUUUCUUCUUCUUCGAAUCAUUUGCUCGAUUUUUCUGAAACAGAGGAAUCGAUGGGACCCAAAACUGGAGCGUUGGUUAUUUUCUUGCUGGGUUUGACCUUGCUUUGUGACGCUAGAUCUUUCUUUCACUCCACCCUCUCAGAGGAAGUUUCCAGGAAGGAAGACGUUUGCACUCUGUGUGAGGAAUAUGUCACCGACGCUCUCACCUACCUUGAGAAGAAUGAAACACAGGCCCAGAUAAUGGAGGAUCUUCAUGAUCGGUGUUCCCAGAUGCGCGGGUUUUCGAAGCAGUGCAUAACUUUGGUUGACUACUAUCUCCCUCUCUUCUUCUUAGAAGUGGAGUCGUUUCAACCUCAUUAUUUCUGCAAGAGGAUGAAUCUUUGUGGCAGAGUGGUAGCUCUUGUAGAAGAAGCCCGUCAAGACACUUGCGGUGUGUGCCACAAGACUGUUUUAGAGAUUCUCAUCAAACUUCAAGAUCCCGACACACAGCUGGAUAUAGUUGAGCUGCUUCUCAAGAGUUGCAAAUCGCUCAAGAACUAUGAGAAGAAGGAGUACCUAGUGGAAAACGACAUCUGCGCGCUCUUACGCGCAUGUCCGGCCGAGAAAACGGUUCUAAGCCAGCCCGGUUCGGCGGAUUCUUGAACGUUUAAAACGGAGUAGGAACACGAGCUUGCUGUGUAUUGUCCAUAAGAAUUGUUGCAGACUUUGUGAACCGUCUGUAUGUAUGGAUUUAGACACACAUACAUAUACUCCGUAAACGUUUCUUUGCGUUUGUGUAAAUAAUGAUCGCUACAAUUUGUACCUCUACCAUAA